CCAUUACACGCCGUCCCAGGGGAGGAUUCUACCGCUGUUGCCAUCUCGGUCUAUCGGCCCACCUGCCCGCUCGCUCGCUUGCCCCAGCCCAGGGGAAAGGUCAGCAGCGUCCCGGAGCCACCUUGUCAUUCUGUCAAGGCCAUGAACUGCAGCGAUAGCCAAUGGCUGCAAAACCUCUUGAGCCGCCUGCUGCUUGAGCUGCACCAUCAGGGCAACGCCAGCGGCCUGGGCGCUGGCUCCGACCCGAGCAUGGGCAUGGGGGUCGUGCCUGACCCUUUCGGGGGCCGCGAGGUGACCAGCGCCAAGGGCGACGAUGCCUAUCUCUACAUCCUGCUCAUCAUGAUCUUCUACGCCUGCCUGGCCGGAGGCUUUGUCCUGGCCUACACUCGCUCCCGAAAGCUCCGCAAGGACAAGGCGGAGCCAACCCAGACCUGCACCGCCUUGCCCCAACGGGCCUCUGGGGGCGCCCUGGCCACAAACGCCGAGACUGCCGCCGGCUUCCUGGCUGAAGGCCGCAGACUGCUCGCCCCUGAAAUGCUGCCUACCCUCGACCAGGGCACCGAGAGGGUCUAGAACCACAGCGCCAGCUCUCUAGCUCUCUGGACGCGCGCCCUCCUCAUCUUGCUUAUUUCUGGGCGCGGCUCCUGACCUUUCUUUCCCUUCCAGGGUUCUCAUCACCUGAGAGUUAGACAGUGAUGUGAGGUCAGGAGACCUUGUCUGGAAGGCCCUGGAAGGAGACCUCCCUACUCACUCCUGGCCAAUUUUGUCCUCCUCUCCUCCCAUGCCUCUGCUCACACACAGCACAUCCAAGAGCACUAAACUGCCUCUGCCCUUUUGUCUUCAGACAGCCCUGAUACCAUGCUCUGGCCCUUUGGGAACUGGAUCCAACAUAUACAACACUGGGCAUUGAACUGAAGGAUGAAAUCUGUCAGAACUCUGGGCCAUCUAACUGGCAGCUGCUCUGGAGGCUUGUCAGGGACUGCUCACUCUGCAGAGCCAUUGGGCUUCCCAUCACUGCCAGGUCAGCCUCACUGCAGCGGAUCCAGCUUCCUGUUGCCUUAGGGAUAGAAACAGAGAAAAUGAAGAGACCUCAGAUAUGGUUUCCCCCCUUUGCCUUUUAGCAGGAGCUAGCUGGAUGCCCAGACCAGUCUGGAAUGGACUUAUGGAGACUGAAGGGGGAGGGUGCUUAACAGGAGGGGAAGAUCUAUGACCUCAAACUGUGUGGUUUUCUUUCCUCCCCAGCUAUCAUCUCAAAGGUAAUUUGACUGAGUUUUAAUAGCUUGACCAUCUGCUGUGGGUAAACAUUACUGCUGUAUUAUCCCAAAACUUCAAAGUGCAUUCCCUAUACUGAUUCAGUUGUUGUCACAGUGUCAGCUCCAUC